AUGAGGAGAGUCGGCCAGUUCCCGGUCGCAUGGCAUGCGCCUUUCAUUCUUGCCCAAAAUUACAUCUUGAAUGGCCCGAAUAAAGCUUCCUUGGGGCUCUUUAUCCCAAAGUUGGAGCAUGACACAAGUUACGUCACUGGCAUGCAGCCAGCCGGGAGAGGCAACAUUCACACAGGUUGCAGCUUGAUCAUUUGCUGGUCAAUUCCGCCUUAUAUCCUGUAG